UGUGAGAGCAGGUUUGAGGCAGGGAGAGAGAAUUGCAAGGGACAAGGAGAAGGAGAGUUUGUGAGAGGGAGGUAGAAUUUUGGGGGACAAGAGGUAAUAAGAAAGUGUGUGUUUGUGAGAGAGAGAGAGCGAGAGGGGUAGGAUGAGAGGGAGAGAGAGGGAUAGAAAGUCAGAAUAGAGAGUAACAAGAGCAGCUAGAGUGAGUGAGUGAGUGGAAAAUUGAGGUAAAGGGAGAGGGGGUAAAGUGAAUGAGUGAGAUCCACCUACCAGCUGUAGAGAGAGAGAAAGAGAAAGAGAGAGCAGGACUGUUUGAAUGAGCCAUAUUGGAGAGGGAGAGUAUGUGAGUGUGUGUGCGAGGGAGAGAUGGAGACAGUGCUAUAGAGGGGGUAGGGCAGGUGAAAUGGUGUGUGUAUGUGUGUGAGAGAGAGGUUGUCAGAUCCCCCUCGAAGUAGAGGCUGCUGCUCAGUGCAGUUGCUCUGGGUCCCAUUGAUACUCAUUUAUAGAGUGGGAAGAGCUGAAAAUGUCAUUUUGAAUGGAGGGAAAAACAUUUGCUCUUUUUUUACCUUUCCUUAUUUGUCCUUCUGGAUCUUUACUCAUCUCCACUGGUCCUCCUUGCUCUCUUUGUGGGUGUAUAAAGGAGGUCACUGCGGAUACAAAGAAACAGAACACAGUCCAGUAAAAGCAUGUUUUUGGGGGUGAAGACAAUGUCGCACGGGACAGCCAUGUCACGUUGCCACGACAGCAAUGUCACCUGGCCCUCUCUGCAGUGACCCUGCACAGCGAAGGAUGCUGGGGAAUAGCAAACACUAUUAUCCCGGGGAGGACGACAAGUAUGGGGAGGAUGAGGAAGAGGAAGAGGAGCAGGGACGAGAGAACAGAAAGGGGGAGAGUAGAGAGAAGGAGAAUGGAGGGAUAGAAGGGCUCGAGGAGAUGGAGAUAAAGGGAGGCAGACAAUCACGCGAAGGUAAAUGGGAGGGAGGUAAACCCUCGGCCAUUGUGGUUGGAAGACAGAGAGGAGACCGGACACUGAGGCCAGCCAAUCCAAGAAAUAGAGGCAUCCCCUAUACAUCCAAUCAGGCUCCCCAAAAGCAGCAACACCAACUCGUCCCAGCCAAUCAGCAGCAGUAUCACCCGGCCCCGGCCACUCAGACCCAGAAGAGACGCGCUCACAUGGAGCGGAGUAUGACCACAGUGGCGCCCAUAGAGGACACUCACCUGACCAUGAUGGUGUUCCGCAUUGGAAUCCCUGACAUCAAACAGACAAGGUGUCUGCAGUUUGACCCUGACUUCACUGUGUGGAGUGCCAAGCAGCAGGUCGUCUGUUCGCUGAGCGAGCCACUGUGGGACAUCUACAACUAUGGCCUCUUCCAGCCCGCCGGAGAGGGACGAGACGCCAUGUUCCUGGAGGAGGAGCGUUGCCUCCGAGACUACCCACAGUCCUUUGAGAAAGGGGUGCCUUACCUGGAGUUUAGGUACAAGACCAGGGUAUACAAACAAACAAACCUGGAUGAAAAACUACUUACUAAACUGCACACCAAGGCGAGUCUGAAAAAGUUCAUGGACUACAUUGUGAGUGGAUCAUUAGAUAAGAUAUCAAAGGUCCUGGACAAAGGUCUCGACCCAAACUACCAUGACCCUGACAAUGGAGAGUCUCCCCUGUCUGUGGCGGUGCAAUCUGGUAUGACAGUGGAGGGGAUCAGGGCGCUCGUUCAAGGUGGGGCCCAUGUCGACUUCAGAACUAGAGAUGGACUGACAGCUGUACACAAGGCUGUCAAGGCACACAAUCAUGUUGCGCUGCUGGCUCUACUGUCCCUGGGAGCGUCUCCUGAUUACAAAGACAGAUGUUGCCUGACCCCGCUGUACCACUCAGUGCUGAUAGGUGGCGACACCUCCUGCUGCGAGACCCUACUCUACUACAGGGCCAGACUGGGAGUGAGAGAUGAAAACGGCUGGGAGGAGUCUCACCAGCUCAGGGAUGAAGAGGAAUUUGGAAUGCAAGAAAUACACAAGGCCUGCCAGAAUGGUUUUGCCCAGCACCUGGAGCACCUUCUGUUCUAUGGGGCAGAUACCACUUCUCAGAAUGCCUCAGGGAACACUGCACUUCACAUUUGUGCUCUGUAUAAUAAGGAAAGCUGUGUUCGUGUUCUGCUCUACAGAGGUGCCAAUAAGGAAAUGAAGAACAAGCAUGGACAAACCCCCUUUCAGGUAGCAGUAAUGUCAGGCCAUUUUGAAAUCGGGGAAAUCAUCAAAAACCACAGAGAUGCAGAUGUAGUGCCCUUUCUGGAAUUCCCAAAGUAUGCUCCCAAAAGAGGAGAGAGUGCACGCGCAAUCCCUCUCCUCAUGGCUCACCCUCACCCCCACCCCCUUCUGCGUGCUAACAGUGAUAACAGCAUGACCCUGCCUGAUACCAUGGCCCUGCCCAACAAGGCUGCUAGAUCCAAUCCCAUCCCUGGACAGGGUCGCAGGGCCUCUGUAGGUGUGAGGAGCUCCAGCAGUCCCAGGGCCCGUACCCGCUCCCCAUCACGAGGAAGAGGAGGAGGAGGAGGACAGAGUGACACAGAGGAGAGGCAUCACAGCAAACCACAGCGCGGCAGACAGGGUGCGACCUCAACAACGGGUGGUGGUGCAGGGUCAGCUGGGGGUCAGAUGAGGCGUAUGUACAGUGCGGUUCCAGGGCGAGUGUACGUGGCCACGAGGGCCUACACUGCCCACGGAGACAAAGAGCUUAGCAUCAGCAAAGGAGACAAAGUCAAAGUGUUGAGUGUGGGAGAGGGGGGGUUUUGGGAGGGCACAGUGAAGGGUCGUACAGGCUGGUUCCCCUCAGACUAUGUGGAGGAGGUGGGUCCUCCCAUUAAGGACAAUCGAUCAGAGACGCGCAGUGAGAAAGCAAAGAGGAAGCUGUUUCGUAAUGUUACCGUGGGAGCAUAUGAUGGUGUGGAUGGCCCCAGUGACUACAUCAUUAAGGAGAAGACAGUGCUCCUGCAGAAGAAAGACAAUGAGGGCUUUGGCUUUGUGCUUCGGGGAGCCAAAGCCCAGACUCCUAUAGAGGAGUUCACUCCGACCCCAGCAUUCCCCGCGCUGCAGUACCUGGAGUCUGUGGAUGAGGGGGGUGUGGCCUGGAGGGCUGGUUUAAGGAUGGGGGACUUCCUUAUUGAGGUUAAUGGUCAGAAUGUAGUGAAGGUGGGCCACAGGCAGGUGGUCAACAUGAUCAGACAAGGUGGCAACGCUCUGAUGGUCAAGGUUGUCAUGGUGGCCCGCAACCCGGAGAUGGAGGAGACCAACCUCAGGAAGAAAGUCCCCCAGCAGGCUAAGAGGCUGACUCCUCCUGCCAUUGCCCUGCGCUCUAAAUCAAUGACAUCAGAGCUGGAAGACAUGGUGGAGAAAGCUGCCUCUCCAUGGAAAAAGAAAGCAGAGUACGAGUCCUCCCAGGUGCCUGAUAAGAAGAGGACAGUCUAUCAAAUGGCACUGAAUAAACUGGAUGAGAUCCUGGCGGCGGCUCAGCACACAAUCACAUCAGACGGACAGGGACAGCGGGGUCACGGAGGGAAGAGAGACCGAACCAAGAGCAUCGCCCCCAAUGAGCCAAGUCAUGACCAGUUGGUUGGUGUGAUGCCGCCUGGGUUUGGUUACAACCAGGGUCAAUAUCCCCCCGGCCAGCCUCAUGGAGUAAUGCUGCGACAGAAAUCUAUUGGUGUGAUGGAGGAGGAGAGGCAGUACCUCCACAACCCGGCCAUGAAACUGGCCCGUAGUCUGUCAGAGGACAUCCCCCCUCCCCCCAACACAUCCGCCCCGGAACCCCCCUUAUCUGCUGACCCCCAUACUGUUUGGAGGGGGGAGCAGUCUGCCCCCCAACCUCCAUCCUCCCAGCCCCAGGCCCUCCUCACCCAGCAGCAGGCAGUCCACGCCACCCAGGCAGGCUGGGACAGGGGAGGCCCUGGCGGGGCCAAUCAACAGCACGGCAUGGCCCCGACCCUCCGGAGAGGAGGAGGACAAUACACAGGGGAGCCCCCAGAGGGGGCGAAGAGAGGAGGGGGCAAAAUGGGGGUGUUGAGGAGGGGCUACAGUAGCGCUACUCCACCCACGAGUGCAGCUCCCAAAACUCAACAGCAACCCCAGCAGCAGCAACCCCAGCAGCAGCAGCCCCAGCAGCAAGUGGCGACCCGGGAGAGGGGCGGAGGGGCAGGCAGGGGUGGGGGAGGCAGGAAGGGCGGGAGGGGCCCUCUAGUAAAGCAGACCACAGUGGAAGGUGGGCUCAGCAGGCACCACCGAGGGGGGCAAGGCCAGGGGGGUAAGCGCUCAGGGGCCAAAGAGAAGAGCUCCAUCCCCAUCCCCACCAUCAUCGUCAAGGCCCCCUCCACCAGCAGCGGCAGUGGCCGCAGCAGCCAGGGCAGCAGCGUAGAUGCCGAGCAUCCGCCUCCCGACAUAGGUGACCCUACCUCCGUAUCCGCCUCCGCCUCCCCCGACACCCCCACCACUCCCGGCCUGCCUUCCCCUGUGUCCCCCUUACCACCCCAGCCCUCUGUCUCUUCCGCCAUGCCCCCUUCGACUGUCGCCCCCCAGCUGCCCCCUAACCUGGAGAAUCUGGACUUCACCAACCAGUUCAGGGGGACCUUCGUGGGGGCAGCGCGCCGGGACCGGGAACGUUUCCGUGACAUGAGGAGGAAGAGUGCUUCCUUCUUCCUCUCCUCCGAAGAGGACAUCCAAGGGGAGGCAGGGGGAGGUGGAGGGGUAUGGACCCAGCCCCUACAGGGGAUGGAUGUCCCCACCCCCCGCCUCCGCCCCUCCAAGUCCAUCGACGAGGGCAUGUUCUCUGGGGACAAUUACGUCCACUACGCCAGCAGCAUGCCCCCUGCCUUCGGGCUGCCUGAGUACCACUCCCCUGUGAUGGGCCAGGACGGCCAGCCCAAGUCCGCUCCCUCCAACUACGGCCCAGGCUCUCCAGCCACCACCUUCAUCCACCCUCUGACUGGGAAGGUCCUUGACCCCUCGUCCCCUCUGGGCCUGGCGCUGGCUGCACGGGAAAGGGCCCUCAAGGACGACCGGAGGACCCGGAGGGAGGAGCGGCACUUUGGCCGGCAGAUGUCCAGCGUGGGGGCAUUUCCUACCUCUCUCCCAUCCCCCACGCCGUCCCUGUUCCCCGCCACUACCUCCCCCGCCUCCCUGAGCCGCCCGCUGUCACCCAGGAUAUUACGCUUGGGAGGUGAAGGGGGAGGGGAGAGAGUGGAGAGGGACCAGGCGUCCGGAGCCAGAGAGGGCCUCAGAGUUCGCUUUUCAGAGGACAGAACCAACCAGUACCAGACCCAGUAUUAUCAACAGAGUCCUAGAGACAGGGAGCCACCUGGCCCGCCCAUGCAGCCGCCCGGCCCGCCGCCUCAGCCUGCACCCCGCAGACCCUCGUUCCUACAGAUGGAGAGCAGUGCAAACUCUAGCUACAUCCCCCAAUACCGCCUUCCCGCAGCCCCAGCCCACCCACAUGAAGAUGAGGGAGAGGGAGGAGGAGGAGUGGGACUGGGGCUCAUGGUGCUUCCACCGCCCACCCCCUCCAUAGACAUAGAUGAUGAGUUUGUCUUUGUUGAUCCCCUACCCCCUCCCUUGCAGUUUGCCAACGGCCAAGGCCAGAGAGAACUGCAGAGGGGAUACUCUCAACAGCAUCAACACUCAGCUCAACACGCCCCUUUCGCCUUGCCACCCCCGCCACCCCCCGCCGCCCCCCCUACCCUCUCCUAAAGUACCUCCACCAGGAGGCUUCGCCUCCAACGCCCCCCUCCCUUCCCCCCAAACUGGGGACUCUGCUGCCUCCAGCCUCACGUCCUACGACAGCGAGGUGGCCAACCUCACCCAGUCAGCUCUGUCUCCCUCCCUCACCUCGCCCCAAAUAUUCCCCCGUUCCUCCGCCGCCACAGUCGUUUUAACCCGCCCCCUCACUCCACAGACCCCAGCCCAUGUCCCAUGCACACCCCUUCUCCAGUGGCCCCAGCGUACCGGUUAACCCCGCUAAUACUGUUCCUGUUCCCCCGAUAACCUUAGCACAGGACCGAGGCGCGGCCACCCUCACUACGACUGUGACCUACGCCACCACGAUGACCGUGACCGCCGCCGCCACCAGUACCACCGCCUCUGCGCCGUCUUCAGACUACAAUGUAGCUGGGACCGCCCCCAGAACCACCGUCAGUGCUGUUGACAAGGCAGUCGACCACCAACCCUCCAGGAUGAAGACUGGAGACUGGCAGACAGAGACGGUGGUGGACUCUGGGAUUGAGGAGCUGGACAGUAGCAGCGACCACCAUCUGGAAACGCUGGGAGUGAGCAGACUGAAGGGAGAGAGAGGAGGAGGAGGAGCAGAAGGGGAGAGAGUGGGCGGCGAGCACCCGGAUCCUUACUUGACUUACUCAGGUGGGCAAACGUUUGAAGUGCACCAUGCCAAACACACGGCCAACCCCCCUGUGUAUCCAAAGACGAUGCAGUACAAAGAGGGGGGCAUCAAGGACACAAGGGAAGCGUUGCGUCGACAGGCAAGCACCAAUCCGCCCUGCCAGAGCGUCCCACAACACCCCCAGAGACAGGCCAACCCAGAGGAGGAGGCCAGGAGAGGAGAGGGAGGAGCAGCGGACGAGAGGAAACAACGCAGACAGAGUCGACCCAAGAUGGAGGACAGCUUCGGUUCCACCUUGGCCGCCUGUCUUGAGCGGCCCAACACCCUGGAGCCAAGACCCUUGUCCUGGAGCGAGGGGGUCGACCCGGGGCAGGGCCUGGAGCGAGGCGGGGUUGGGAUGUCUGUGGAGGGGCGCAGGCUGCACUCACCCCUAUCGGGAGUAAAGGCCAGCAUCAUCAACGAGCUGAGCUCCAAACUGCAACAGAUGAGCAAUAAGAGCACCGAGGACUGGAGUCAGUCUGAGAUGCGAGGUCCGAGUCCCAUUAAUCCGAGGUCGCCCACAAUGCAAAGAUAUUCAGGGGAUUUCUCUGCCUCGUUUCAGAGCCCCCCCACAGGUCACUCCACUUCCCCCUUACCCACCUCCUCA